CAAUCUCGUGGACUCAAUCGGCGACUGUCGUCUCCUCCGUUGGACGCAGUCACAGCACAGCGCCUCCCUGGGUCCCUCCCUCCGUCGCGUCAGAGACUCGGAGCGACAGAGCUCACAACCUCGCAGUCGCCGCCCCAACCUCCCUCUGCUUCCAUCGUUCCCCUCCCAAAUUCCUCCUUUCGAUAAUUCUCAACUUUUCCGUACGAUUUUUCUCAGCUUCAGGCGAAAUCCAUCCUCAACACCAUCCGAUCGGAUCACAGUUGACUGGCUUUGGUUUUUCUGAUAGUAGAAAUUUGAUUGAGUUACUGGGUUUUGGUUUCUGACUCUGGUUACCGAUUCAAUCGCCAUGAGUUUUAACUCCAAAGAGGGAAAUAAUCCCGCAGGGUCCUCAAGGGCUACUGUGGCUGAUGAUGAGCCUAAUGAGUAUUCCAUUUUGAAUCUAGAUCUGGAUAAGUUCACUUCUGAAGAAGAAGUCUCCCAUCUAUUUCAAAUGUGGAAGAAGGAGAUGAAACGAGAAUAUCAAACCCAAGAAGAGGAGUCAGAAAGGUUUCAGGUUUUCAAAAGUAAUUUGAAGUAUAUCAAGGAGAAAAAUGCAAAAAGAGAGUCACCCAAUGACUGCAAGUUGGGUUUGAACCAAUUUUCAGAUAUGAGUUAUGAAGAGUUCAGCAAAACUUACUUGCACGAGACAGAUGCACCCCCUCUUGAGGAGCUGUAACUCACGUAAUAAGGCAUUAUAAAUGAAGCCAAGGAUCAUAUGUUGGACGUUUGUAAGUCUUGUACACGUUUGAUGUAUGUGUUUGGUGUUAAGAAAUGGCAAAUGAUUUUCCUUUGAAAUAAAGAUUGUGUGUUUUUAUUAUUAAUAAAAGCUCUGUACGUACUCUA